GACUCGCAGAACCGGCUGAGCAGCCGGGGCGCGGCGCAAGGAGCUCGCGGGCCGGUGGGCGGCGCAGCGCGGAGGGGACGAGCUCGGGGCCCGGCGCCAGGCCAGCUGCCGCCGCCUCAGCAUGGAGAGCCCUGCUAGCCCCAGCACCGGAGCACUGCCCUACUAUGUGGCUUUCUCCCAGCUGCUGGGCCUGACUGUGGUGGCUGUGACUGGUGCUUGGCUCGGCCUGUACCGAGGUGGCAUUGCCUGGGAGAGUGCCCUGCAGUUCAACGUGCACCCCCUGUGCAUGGUCAUAGGCCUGGUCUUCCUGCAAGGAGACGCCCUGCUGGUCUACCGCGUCUUCAGGAAGGAAGCCAAACGCACCACCAAAGUCCUGCACGGACUGCUGCAUGUCUUUGCUCUCAUCACCGCCCUGGUGGGCCUGGUGGCAGUGUUCGAUUACCACAGGAAAAAGGGCUACGCGGACCUGUACAGCUUGCACAGCUGGUGUGGCAUCCUCGUCUUCAUUCUCUACUUUGCGCAGUGGCUGGUGGGCUUUAGCUUCUUCCUGUUCCCGGGGGCGUCGUUCUCUCUGAGGAGCCGAUAUCGCCCCCAGCACAUCUUCUUCGGUGCCUCCAUCUUCGUUCUCUGUGUGGGCACAGCCCUGCUGGGCCUGAAGGAGGCGCUGCUGUUUCAACUCGGGGCCAAGUACAGCACGUUCGAGCCUGAGGGCGUCCUGGCCAACGUGCUGGGCUUGCUGCUGAUCGGCUUUGGCGUGGUCGUGCUCUACAUCUUGACUCGCUCCGACUGGAAGCGCCCCCACCAGGCUGAAGAACAGGCGCUCUCCAUGGACUUCAAGACACUGACGGAGGGCGACAGCCCCAGCUCCCAGUGACAGGCUGCGCUGGGCCCGCGGGAAGGGAGGGCCCAGCUGUGGGGGCCUCCUCGGGCCGGGGUCGAUAGGUGUCUGUCGCACAGCCUCUGGGGCUGCUGGUGGAUUCCCAGCUCUGGGGUGCUGCCCGGAGUAGGGGA